AUGUUAGUAGCAAGUAAAGGUGUGCUCGUACGAUGUGAUCCGUCGAUCAAGGCGUUAAUUAUCCAAAUAGAUUCAGUUGCACCAGGCAUUAUUUUAGAGGAAUUAGAUGAUACCCAUUUACUUAUCCAGCAGGAUAAGGUUGAUAUUGUUAAAGACGAGUUGAAUAAGUUGCUUUCUAGGAAUAUCUACAAUCCUUUUGACGAGGAGUAA